CGUUUCAGUUCAGCUCCUUUUGGUCAUCUAAAUCACUGUAAAAAAUGUUCGGGUGCUUUAUUUUUUCAAAUAAAAAAAGAUAAGUGAAACACGUUUAACAAAGGUUUCGUAGAGGAUUUAGGUUUAUAUAUUAAGAUAAAUAAAUCUCCUUACAAACGACAAAGAUAAAACCGCUUUAACAUAUUACUCUAGGAUGCGAACAAAAGUUGAUUGUGGCUCGUUUAUAUGAAGGGUUUAACACAUUUACGGUAAAAUAUCACAGAAAAAUAGCAGCUGAUUAAACUGGGAGCGAGGGUUUUAAUCGAUGUCCUCACUGUUAGAUCUUUCAGAGCACAAAAUGGUAUCGUGGAUUUAUUGAAUGGUGCUAUUUCUGUAGGCAUUUUCUAAGGAAUUAAUCCUUUUGGAUUAAUCUUUACAUUACAACUAGUUAUUUGAAGUGAAAAUUGAAUGUACAAAUAAUAUUCAUAAUUAUGAUGAUUUCAAUAUCGAAAAAGAACGUUCGCGACGUCAUGACGUCAAUAUGUUUACGUCACUAUAUUUUUCGUUGGUAAGGACGUAAGGCGUCGAGAAGGUGUGGUGACGAGCGAUGGCCGGUAAACAUGACCCGGCGGCAACGGAUUUGGACUAUUAUUCAAAACCAGAGAACUAUACAGGUUCAAGUCUUCAAGCGUUUCAGCGUUUUGUCGUAGAUAAAAAUAAAGAAGAACGAAAUAAUCUCCAAAAUGAGAAAAAGCGAGUUGUUAAGGACGCAAAAUAUUAUUUUUUCAAUCGUUACAAACACAUUCUUAAAGAUGUAAUAUUUUUGGACGAAAUUGCGGAAAGAGAAAAAGAAGAAAGUUCCGAUGAAGAUGAAGAUGAAGAAAUAGAUUUACCAACAAAAGAUGACACUGGAAAAUCUGGCAGGAAAACUCCAGUGCCUGACAUUUUGCAGCCUAUAACUGAAGAGGGCGGUGAUAAAGACCUUGAUGCUAAAAGUAGGGCGUCUCUGUCCCCCGAAAAAUCUGUGGGUGCUGCUAUAAGUGGAAUGACUGAUGACCGCUUGACCCCUGAUUCUGGAAUACUUACGCCUCUUGGCGGCAAGAAACGGAGCCAAAUGGUUAUGUCAAGCCCAAGUGGGCGUCAGUCAACCGCAUUUCAGCGCAUUCAAAUGGAAAAAACUGCGAAAGAAAUUAGAGCCAAGCAGCUAAAAGAUAGGUUUGUGAACUGUGUUAAAGGGAUCAAGGCGAUUUGUCGUCUGUCAGCCUCGGCUAGAGGAAAACAAGCGUCUAGCAAUAUGACCACUAUGAGAACAUUUAUGGAUAUUGCCAGUGAAGAAGCCACGACAGAAGAAAACAUGAAAAAUGCUGGACUUUCCUUCGAUCCUAGCUACUUUAAGGCGAAAAAGGAGAUCUCCCUGAGUUCUGAAACAAAGGCAAUAUUAAACACAGCAUCUGAGGAUCGCACACCGGACCAGGUUCAAACGGCAAUGUUUGGGCUGCAAUGUUUAAGGUCAUAUGCUGAAUACCCACUUCACAUGCAGGAAAAACUUGCCAAGGUCGCAUGGUAUGAAAAUGUCGCACCAAAACGAAUCAUUAUUCGACAAGGUCAUUUUGCUGAAAACUUUUACUUUAUACUCUCGGGUCAUGCUGUUGUAACGAUUUUGCUCAAAGAUCCGAAGACGGGUGCAUCAUUUGUUAAGAUAGCAACAGUUAUGAAGGAAGGUAUGAGUUUCGGCGAACUGGCAUUACUGCAUCAUUCUAAACGAACAGCUACUGUUACCAGUCAGGACACCGUCCAGCUGUUGUCUAUUGGCAGAGAGGAUUUCUUUGAUAUAUUCAUGUCCGGGGCCGAGGGAGAUUUACCUGAUCAUAUCAAAUUCAUCAGUAACCUGGAUUUCAUGAAAGAUUGGCCAAUAGAACAACUUGUCGAACACCCUGAACAUUGCCUGCUGCAUUUUUACAAGAGAAAUACCACAAUUGUUGCAAAUAGUAACAACUCUGAAUGGGUGUACAUUAUAAAGUCGGGUUCAUGUGUUGUCCUGAAAAGACUUAAAGGCGUGACGGCCAGCGCCUAUUCCGCUAAACCUAAGGUCAACGAUAACCAUAUGUCCACGGCUAAAAUGAAAGCUGUCAUCUUCGCUCCAAAAGUAGAUUCUGGUCUACGAAAAAGGAAAACUAUUGAAGAAGAAGUGAAAGAAAAAGAUGAAGGUGACAAAGAAGAAAACGUUGAUUCAAAGUUUACAAAAGAGAAGUACAGUCAAUCACCACAAACAAAGAAAGCUCAUUUUCAAUCAACAAAGAGCAGUUUUGACAAGAGAAAACGUUAUGAACCACCAUCAAAGUGUCUUCCUAAGAAACGGGAACUAACACCUGACCCUUCUGCCGGCCAGGCAAAACCAGGACCAGUAUUUGUGCAGGUGUCAAUCAUGAAACCCAGGGAUAUAUUUGGCCUGGAUUCUAUACAAUUUGACGAUGAUAUUGAAGUCUCUCAUACCUCUGUUAGUCUAGUGAGUCGUGGUGCGGAAUGCAUCAUGUUGUCAAAGGCUUUCUUUGCCAAGCACGCAAAUGAGGCUGUAAAGAAGCGAAUCCGCGAAUCAGUGCGUGCUUAUCCGGCCGAGGAAAUAUUCCAGGAAAAUUUGCAGAUAAAGGAAGACUGGAUAAUGUACAAGAAAGUUUUAUUAACUGAUCUGACAAGUCAAUUACGUGAAUAUGCUAAUAGAUUCGGAUCAUAACAUUUUAUUGUUUGACAUUAUUUAUUAUUAUAUUAUUUAUAUAUAUAAACAAAUCUUACUUUUUUAUAAUUAGUGUUCAUAUCAGGAUAUUAACUAUUUCAGCGUAGACAAUUUUCAUGUUUAAAUUCUUGAUAAUGAAAUAGAUGUAGAUUAUGAACAUUAUUUUGGAGGAGUGUGACAUCAUUGACAUGUAUUUAGAGUAUUAUCAGAGCUGUGAUAUAUUGUAUAAUAAAUUAAUUUAUUACG